GUCAUGUCAGGACCCAGCCCAGUCUGGCAUUGCACCCCAGAAUGUCCUCAAUAUCUAACCAGAUCCUCAUCGUCGGGGGUGGGCCAUCCGGCCUUCUCCUCGCGCACGAACUCCUGCGCCGGCAGAUCCCCGUCCGCAUUGUGGAGAAACGCAGGAGCCCUUCCCACACCAGCCGCGCAAUGACCGUCCACGCGCGGUCCAUGGAGAUGUUCGACCAUAUGGGCAUGGCCUCGCGCCUCGAGGCAAUCUGUCUCGAGUGCCCAGGAAACCUAUAUCGAUUUCCCGGGCUCGCCGAAGCCGACUAUCCGCGCACCGACUACCGCGUGCUCCCCACCCGGUUUCCCUUCUACUAUAAGAUCAGCCAGAAUGACUUCGAGCAGGUGCUCCGUGAGCAUCUCUUCUCCCACUACACCGUGCAACCGGAGUAUUCUACUGCAUUGGUUGAGGCUCAAUCCGACCUGGACUGGGUCAUAGCUCGGAUUCGCUUGGCGGACGGACGGGUGGAAGAGUCUCGAUACCGAUAUAUAGUUGGGUGUGAUGGGGUGCACAGUACCGUUCGCGAUGCGGCUGGAAUCAAGUUCGAGGGAAAGAAUGUCGGGGUGAUGGGUAUGAUGGACGUCGAGCUCACGAACGUGACCUUCGACGAUCGAUGGAUGAACUACUUCUUCAACAAGGACCUCUUUAUGAACUGCACCAAGAUGCCGGGCAAGUACUGGCGCAUGUACAUGAGCGAUCCGACGGGCGACUAUGUCCAUCGAGAAGACCAGCAACAGGCCUACCAGGAGGUGGCCGACCAGCUGGGCACUGGCUUUCAGGUUGGCAAACCAGCCUGGGUCACCGCAUGGACCGUUCGCAACCACAUCGCCGAGCGAUAUCGCGCUGGCCGUCUCCUCAUCUGCGGCGACGCGUGCCAUGUCCACUCCCCAGCCGGGGGGCAAGGCAUGAACUGCUGCAUGCAGGAUGCGUUCAACUUGGGGUGGAAGCUCGCCGCCGUCGUCAAGGGCCAUGCCGAUGAGCAGAUCCUCGACACCUACGAGAGAGAACGCAAGCCGAUCGGCGAACAGGUCAGCCAAGGUGCUGCUGCCACGCACAAGAUCGUGAUGGGAUUUGGGAUCCCCCCGGAAGACCGACUGGCUCUCACCCAGACCCCCGACUGGGAAGCGCGCACGACGCACCUGGUCUCGGGCCUGUCGCACAACUACCGCGAUGUCACAGUGCUUCCACCAGGGCUGACCCCGGUGUCUGGCCCCAAACCGGGGGAAAGAGCCCCAGAUGCGAUCCUCGUCGACCAGCCGCGCAGACGGCUCUACGACCUCUACCGCCGGCCGCAAUUUACCCUACUCGUAGUCAGUGGCACGGAUGAUCCCGGCUGGGUCAUUGAUACUGGCGUCAAGCUGCGGACGCAGAUCGACUCCAAGUUUCCCGGGCAGGUGGCCACCAUCCUCAUCAGUCGCGAGACGGACUCUCGCUUCGACUUUGAUCAUCACUGCUGCGAUGCCGGAACGGAGUUUGUCUCGCGCUAUGAGAUUCCGCCUGGUGGCCGACUGGUGCUCGUUCGAUCGGAUUUGUACCUUGCUAUGGCGUGUCAGCCGGGGCAGUGGGAGUUGAUUGACACGUAUCUGGAGCAGUGGUUUCUUCCAGCGACCAGUAGAUGAGGUUAAAUACCGAAAGAUAGGCGACUACAGUUAAUACCGACUCUCAGAAGGACAUAUCGACCCUCGAUUUCCACGUUAACCCUCUUUU